CAUAUCUAUUCACUCACUGCCCGUUCGCCGCACUUCACAACUAUUUAUACAAACACUUCAUUUGAUCCCAAAAUAUGUCACAAAACUUAUCAAUGAAGACAUCAGUCGAGACCAAAGAUGACGCCAAUCAAGACAUCAAACAACAGCCAAAAUUAUAUGCGAGACACUCUUUGGAUCGAUUCGGUGAUGACUUAUUCGGACUUUUAUUGACUCAUCUCUCGCUGAAAGACCGCUUCCGACUGGAAUCUGUGUCCAAACAGUUCCAGAGGACGGUCUUUGGGAGUGUUGUCGACAUCUGUAUUGACGAUAAUUUAAUUGCAAACCAUUUAAAGACUCAAAUAUUGGCCACAAUUGCAAUUAAAUGUCCAAACAUUCGACGCCUCGACUGUCGAAAAAUGACAUCUGAAGAACUGAUUCCCGAAGUGAUGAACGCUUUUGGAGACCAUUUGCGAGACAUUCACUGCACGUUAGGACCAAAUGGUAACCAAUGGUUGCCUACCUUUGGAUCACUUGUCAAUGAAAUACAUCUCAGGGAUAGUUCUGCCAAACAUUCACUCAUUCAUUGCCAGCGAUUGUCUCGUUUACAAAUCCAUGCGCUAUCGAAUGUCUUCGACACCACUUCCGGGCAAUUAUUGGUCACAAACUUAAAGAGAUUUGAUGUCCAACUCGUGGUAGACAUCGAUAACCAACUGUUGGCGGCAUUUGUGUUGGGAAAUCAGUCCCUCAAAAGUGUUUCAAUGCAUACAACAUGUGAUUUACGCCAACUGUCGGCACAAUUGUCACGAUUACCAGAAUUACGGGAAUUAACACUCAGUUUAUUUCCCAUGAAUGACGAGAACCUAUUGGCUGAGUGUUUGCGCAAAAUUGGUUUAAACUGUAAACAAUUGCAACGAUUGGCAGUAAAAGUGGUUUCCAAUGAUUUCACACUCAAUGGCCAGACAUUGGAUGCGUUGAGAUGUUAUCCCCAAUUAAAACGCUUACAUUUCUUACACUUUGUCACAUCAAACGACGCGUUGACACCAUUGAGAUUCUGUCGCCGUUUAACACAUUUAACCCUCGAAUCGCGUCGAAUGAAUGCGGAAUUAUUUAAAGAUUGUGACAAACAGUGCCCACGACUACAAUACCUAUGCGUCCGAACCGACACAAUCACCGGCGAGUGUUUUUCACACAUCUCAAGACUACCGGCGCUGAAAACACUGAAAAUGUUUUUCUUGAAUAGUCUAUCGGAUAAUGAUUUGUGUCUACAAGAAUUGCUGUCCAGAAGUACUAUUGUCUGUAAUCCUGUUGUCAUUGCAAUAAAUCGGGCACUGAAUCGGCUAAAGAAUCGGGCAAACAUUUUGGCCAAAAAGUAG